UCUUUACGUGACGUCAAAAACAGUGGCCACCAGCAACAGCCCGAUUUGGGAUAGACUAGAGUCUAGAGAAUCUUGGCGUCUUGAAUAAAUUAUAAGAAAUAGACAUCUAAUUAAACCUGUUUAUAAAAUACAUUCACAUCCUGUUAUAGAUAUUCUAACUCUAGAUUAGUCUAGAUCUAUUAGAAAAUAAUUAAAUAAUGCGUGGCAAAAGGCGCCCUCCAGAGGAUCGUGUUUCUAGUGUUGCUGGGCCACUUCCUCCAUGCAGAGUUUGUGGAGAGCCAGCGGCUGGUUUUCAUUAUGGAGCUAAUACAUGUGAAGCUUGCAAGGGUUUCUUCAGGCGAAGUUUGCUGAGAAAUGGUGAAUAUGUUUGCAUUGGAAAUGAAAAUUGCGCCAUAAGUUCAAACAGAAGAAAGAGCUGUCCCAAGUGCCGUUAUCUUAAAUGUCUCAAUGUAGGCAUGUCCAAAGAUGCCAUAAAGACUGGUCGUUACACCUACAUGAAAAGAACACAAGAUACUAUAGAAAUUAAGCAGCUUACUGUUACCCAGUGUAGUGACAGUUCAAUGGAGCAGAGCUCAUCUAGUAGUCUAUCCAACAACUUAUCCAACAGUUCCAAUGCUUUAAAUAGUGGAGACAGUUCAACAUCUCAGAUGUUUUCUGCAGAGCCUCUGGAGGCUAGUGAACGUAAGAAAGAUGACAAUGUUUCCAGUCCACGUUUAGACUCAAUAGUCAAAGAUGUGAUGCUAAUAGAGUCCUCAACAUGGACUGAUACACCACCCAGUGAUGAUCCUGAGCCUUGGGCUUCUACAUCACAGGGUAGUGAGCUUACUUUAGACUUGUUGCAGGACUUUCAUGAAGAUCAAGGGAUCUCACAUGUGACCCUUUCAGACCCUACUGAAUUUCAACCCAAAUCUCAGGAAUCUGAACUGUUGGCUCUGUGCUCUGCAGACUGUCAAACUAUGUCACAAGGGGAAUGUUUGGGUCCAUCUAGUCAGAUGAGAGAGACAUUGACGGACCUCCUGAUGGAGGGCGAACCAGAAACAACAUGGCUGAAGUAUAGUCAGAGUGAACUGGACGAAUUUGUUAAAGUUUUGGUCUCUAGUCACAAGGAAUUAGUCAAAGAUCUAAAUUUGGUUCCAGAUGAAGAACUUGAGAAAAGAACUAAAGAAUGCAAAGAAAAAUGUCAGCUUCAGACAGAAAUAUUUGGACAUUUAGGUAAAAUUGACAUUGAUGAGCAUGAACAUAUCUACAACACCACUGGGAUAGAUGUAGAUGGACGGAUGGAUGACAUCAUAUACUGCUCAUCAAAGAUGGACUCAGACAUCAGGGAUCUGAUUGCAUUCAUGAAGCGGAUCCCAGGAUUCAAAGAGCUCAGCGUACCGGAUCAAACUGAGCUUGUCAAAGGCUGUGUCUAUGAAAUAUUUUUCUUGGGAUACUACAGAGGUUACAGCAGCAAGGACUACAUUGCAGUGGAGUCCAACAGGUCCUACUGUUACCAUCAAAUGACUUAUUUCCAUUCAAAGGAGCUGAUAGAUAAAAUAUUCAGACUCACCAAUCAGAUUCAACAGCUGAAGCUCAAUUUUGAAUCUGUGGUUCUUCUUAAAGUGGUCUGCAUUUUUUUUCCUGAUCGGGUGAACAUCUCCAGGUAUGAUCACAUUGAAAGGAUUCACCACAAGGUCAUACAAGCUCUCUUAAUGUUACUGAAAAAGCAACACUCAGGCAAGUAUUUGAAAGUCUUUGCCAAAAUCAUCUCUAUCCUGACCUCGCUUCGUAGCUUGGUUUUGGAAUGUCGUCAGCUCUGGGAUGAAUUGAAUUUCGAGAGAUACAAAGAAGUGGCGAAUAAACCUAUCCUGGCAGAACUCUUUAAAGGAAGCACCUAUUAACCAGCUUGGAAGGAGAAAUGACAAAUUUUCAGCUAUGGAUUAAUGACUUUGCCUGCUUUGUGUUUCAGGCAAUUAUUGAAAUCUGAUUCUGAUGUUCUGUAUCUGAAUUUAAGAUAUUUGAAAUGGUAUGACAAGGAUUACCUUGGUCACCCUCUUAGAUCAGAGUUCUAAGUAAACCUGUUGACUUCUAGGAUUAGCUAUCCCAAGAGUUAGUGCCUAUUAUCCAUGCACAAGGCUUGAACCUUCAACUUGCUUACUGCUAGUUCUGUGGUGUCUCUUUCUUCAUUGUGAUAUAGAGAAAUGAGGAUGUUGGUUAUUCAUAUUCACAUCACAAUUAUAGCGACUUUAAUUUGCGUUAUAGCAUUAUAAAGCUGUGAUUUGGUAAUUUAUUGAACUAAAGGGUUACAGCUGUUAACAAAGCUCAACUACAUAGAGUCCAUGUUCAGGACAUUUUGCUAAUAGCUUAAAUAUGUUAAUUUUUUUUUUGUGUAAGCAGCAAAUAGUGUAUCUCACUAGUAACUUUUUCGUUCAGUUAAAGUUUUGCUGGAGCUGUUGGGACCAGAUUUUGCGAUGUUACUUGUAGAAAUUAGUGUACAUGUUUUAUCCAAUGUGAAGAAACUUUGAGUCCUCUUUGAAAUCUCUUUGAUUACCGGUACUCAAGAUUACACAAAACAUCCCUUUUUGGUGUCUAGAUGUAUUUAUGUCAAAUAGUAAUUCACAAGCUUAUAAUAGGCUACAACUAGUCUUGUAUGAAUAUGUCUAGUCUCUUCUUCAGACCUGAAGACAAGUUUUAUAUUUUUAAAAUUUUAAUAGUAGAUCAAUUGCAUAUUAUAACUAGUUGCUUUUAGCAUCUUGAACCUAGAUAGAGUGGUAAGUGUAGAUUUAAUAAUCCUGAUGUACUCAGCCUGGACUAGCCACACUAGUCACCAUCACAUUGGACAUUUAGGUCGUUUGCAGUUUGUAUAGCAUGACUGCCUGGUCAUGUGACAUGCACUUCAGACUGUUGUAACGAUGGUCCCGAGCUUGAAUCCAGCUCAUCGUCACCCCCUGUUGUCCUGCGCCAUGUUUAGGCUUGGACGUAAUAAUCUUCAUUUCUGAAGAAACGCUCAACACUUGAAAAACAAGGAAACAAGCGUAGCAUUAUCCAAAGUCUGUACCUGCUACAAAUGUAAUGUGUCUACACUUGAUAUUGUACAGAUUUGAAUAUAGUAACUAACAUUUCAAGAUAUUUGAUUGUGUUAAAAAUACAAUUUGCCUUUUUGUCUACAAUAUUUUUCACAUAAAUUCACACAUAAGUAUAAAGCUUUCAUUAUAUUGUGCCAUAUUUUUUUAUGUUUUAAAGACAUUUUUACUAUAUACAUAUAUAUGUAAAUAUAUAUUUAUACAUUUACAUGAUCAUUAUUUUCAUCACCGUAUUGUACAAGUCAAUGUAAUAUCCUGUAUGCACUAAUAUGUAUCUGAAUGUAUUCUGGUGCUUAUAUUCAAUAAUGCUGGACCAAAGGUUGUGUCUAAGAAAUGGAGCAGGAGGUCAUUAAAUGAACACUUAGUAUCCUGUCACCAGUUAACAAAAACACAGUUGAGUACAUUUUAUAUUUACACCCCUUAUUAAAGUGUAUCCAUAUCAACAUAUUUAAUCUUACUUUUGAAUUAGUAAUAAGAGUGGACAUUUCUUGUGGUUUAAAAUACUGAUUAUUCUUUAUGCUAAUAUAUAUAUAUAUAUAUAUAUAUAUAUAUUUUUUUUUUUUUUUUUUUGCAAAAAGCUUUUAUUUUGACCUCUAAAGAAACACUUUGCAACUUUUGGUCCAUUUGUUGUUCAUGUUCUUCUAAUUAUAAACUUAAGGGUUUCAGGCUCUCUAUGUUUUCUGUUGAUUUGUUGUGAAAAAAAAUGACUGGCGUAAGUAUGUACAUAUAAUUACAAUGAUUUCUGUUUUAAAAUUGGCAGCUUAUUGUAAACCACAUUGAUCACAAGCCAUUAUAAGCAAGUCCAUAAGAUGUAUUUCUUGUUUUGUUUUGUUUCCUGACUUGUUAUAUUAUGAAUUCCAAACCCAAAGACAUGUCAAAGAAAGAAGAGAAAUAGAUAUAUGAUGACAAAUAUCUGUUUAAAAAAAUGGACUUGAUUGUAGAUUAUUUAUUGUAACUUGGGUUUAAAGAAAUAAAACUUAGAAUAUAUUCUUUAAAAAAUUUCUCUGCAGUGCAAUAGAUGUAAGAUUUGAAAUGAGGUCAUUGGUUGGGCACUUUGUAAAUUGAUGAGUUUCUGAAGAGAUGUUGAGCUAAUUAAUAGAGAGGAGAGCAAAGCUGUGAAAAACAAUUUAAUUCUUGUUGAAAUAGUCUCAUUAAUGCUUUCUUCUAGAAUCAUAAAAUUCUGUUAUUACUCAUGUUUUCAUUGCUAGUUUGCUGCCCUUACUAUUUACCUAUAGCCUCUUCCCUCUGCCUUUCUACCCCCCCCCCCUUACCCCCCCCCCCCCCCCCCCCCGCCUCUUCAAUAGCCCCCUGCCUCAGAAGAUCUUUACUAUUACUAGCCCAUAUCUUUCUUGCAUUAUUGAUACUUCCACUUUUUUAAAAUUUGCGUUUUGUUGCAUAAAUUGGCUUCUCACAAUGAUCUUAAAUUACCAGACUUGUGGCUAGUAUGAAUAGUAUGUAGCUCAAGAUUCUAAAACCAUUUCUGCUCUGCUGGCCUAGCCAAAAAUAAAAAGCAUUAAAAAUCUCAGAACUAUCACUUUACCCUGUUUGCUUUUCUAUCACUAAAAUGUCUAGAACCAUUACUGUUCACCUUGAGUUCCCUGCACUGAAAACUCUAGAACUCUUGUUUCAGUCCUAGUUCCUUAUUGCUCAAGUUUUAGAACCAUUGCUAUUCACAAGAGUAUAAAUCUAUAAAAAAGAAGAAAAAAAAAAGAAACCUAAAAAAAAACUAUUUCAAUCAAUUCUAAAGGUACACAGUUAAUGCAAUCUGUAUGCAGCUUGUCUAGUAUUAAUGGUUUAGGCUAACAGUCUCUGCCAGAAUGAACAUAAUGCUGGCAUCAAAGCAUCCACUUAACUAAUUUAGCAGUCAUUAAUAUUGGGCAGGAAUGGCUGGCAUUUAGAGUCAGGGAAAGCAAAGGGAGAGAAAAACAAUACCCUGCAUAUAUCUUGGGGCAGGUAACUCCUUUUUUUUUUUUAAAUCCUUUGAGCAGUAGUCAAAAUAAAUAAAAAAAUUUCUAAUGAUCUAUAUGUAUUUUUUUUUUUUUUAAUCCAAUCUACCAUUUAUUAUUUAUCAACUGUGUCUUAUACAUAGAAUGGACCUAAUGUUUAUCAAUUUGAUACUUAUUCUUGUAGGAUUUGAAGUGUCAUAACAAAAGUCUAUGUUUGACUACAAUGCAAUUCUAUUUUUUUCGUAAAAUAUUUUACUCUCCCUUUCCACGUUUUGUUUCCCUUUUUUUUUCUUGUUAACCUUCCAAUAAUAAUUUAACUUUUUUCUUUUUUUUUUUUUAUGUUAAUUUUUGUCAUUGUCAUUUUUCAUGACUGCAGUCCAUUUUUCUAGACGUUAUUUGCUUUGUUAGCUUUCUUCUCUGGUCUUUAACAUAAGAUACUUCUUUGUGCUCUACUAAAAGUUAUUUCACAACCAUAAUUAUCUGCAGUGUUCAUUUGGCAUUUUUUUUUACUCUUUCUCUCCUAAUUGUUGAUUUUACCUCAUUAAAUUAAAAACCAAAAAAAAAAAAUUAUAAAUUUUACUUUGUGUUAAAUAAAAAGAGGCAUUCCCCUUUAAUUCUAGACCAAAUAAAACAUUUUCUGAUGACAAACGAAAACGUUGAAGCAAAAUGAAGAAUUCUGUCGGAGCGUGGAAAAACGGAGAGAAAGAGUUAAAACUUCUUUUGGUUGAUUAUUUUAUAUUUCUUAUGUCUUUUAUUUCCCUUUCAUAUGUGCCUUCAGUUUAAUAUUUCUUGGUUUACUUGCUGCCUUCAUUGUUCCUGAGUUCUUUCCUGGCUGAAAACAUGGGCCCUAAUGUUUCCUGCUUGCUUAUCUUUUCCUAUGUGCCCCAAAAGCCCCAAAGUAAAGUUUUUCUCUCUUAUCAGGUUAAGCUUAAUGUUAAAUAUGUGGAAAUACAAUGUAAGGGUUAUCCCCCCCUCCCUUUAUCCCCUCCCUAAAAUGCUGGGACACAAUUACUACCUCCUAGUCUAAGGCUCAGUUUGUCACAUGAUGUAAAUCAAGUCGCAUGAUAUGAUCAGAUUACAUAAUAUGAAUCAGUAGACACUCAAGGAAACAAUUACAUGCGAAAAGCUAUGUUAUUUUGAUCUUUUCAUGAUUUUUGUUUGAUGUCAUGUCUUUGUAUAUACAAGACUCAGGUCUGUAUAGUUUUUGAGCGCUGGCACUGUAUAGCUUUUUAAUACUUGACUUCGUAUGUGACUUAAUAUAUUAUACUAGCAAUUAGCAGCUACAUUUUGCUAUAGUGUAGAUUUAUACAGUGUUCAGGGUAUACUAGAUGUGUUGUAGUUCUACUUAAAGGCUGUGAUACUUUUCUUAUUGAUAAAAAUAUUUGCUUUAAAAUGUAUUUCUAGAUUAAGCACAUGCGUUUUGACUUUAAGUCAUUCCAAUAGUGUUUAUGUUUAUAUAGAGGCCUUUCAUGAAAUCCAUGUCAAUGCAGGGAUAAAAUAAUAAAGCACAUUGCUAUCAAAGCAGAUAAAGCUGGACCCAUGUGUUUUUUUUGUUUAAUAAUAUAGCCAGAGAUUUAUUUUUUUUUUGCUUGUCUGAUAAUUAUAGGACUUCCAAAUUAUAUAUAGGUCACAACUGGGUCUGAAUUAUCAUGUUUUAAAAAAUCCAGAAAAUCUUCUGUCUGCCAAAACUUUUUAAAUGUCUUAAAAUAUUUAUGUACUUUAAAAUGUUAAAUCGCUUUUAGAGUAUAUGUUAGUAAGGCGUAGACAGAUGUUUGAGAUUAUUAAUGAUGAGGUGUCUGUUUUUCAUUAUUUUUUGCAUGUCACCGCUCAAGUGCAGUCUAUCACUGCAGAAUGAAGUGCAGUAUUUGAGGGCUUUGACACCAAUCAGCUCAGUUCUAAAUCCUUGUGGAGAUUUUGUUUUGAUGACAUUUUGAGAAAAAUUGACCAAAAAAAAACAAAACAACAUAGAAAGAAGGCUUGCUUUGAAACUUUGACUUAAUAACUCCUAUAGCCCAUUAGUUGAGUCAUACGUUAGCUUUCAUGUUUACUGGCACAAGUUUGGACUCUCAAGGAAGAUGUAUUGAUGAUAUAUCAUCAUCUAAUAAUAGAUUUAAUGUUGAAAUAAUAAUAAUAUAAUAAUAUUAUUAUCCGUAAGGAAAUUUGUCUUACAAUUUGUGCAUUACACCAAACAAAAAACAUUAUAACUAUAAGUUAUGUUUAUACAGUUUUGAAAUAUUUUUACUGGUGACCACAUAAUUAUAUAUUUUAAAUGUAAAUAGAUUUUAUGUUUUGUUUAAGUCACUAUGCAUUUUGCGUAUACCAAUUUUGUUUUGUAAAUAGCUUACCAGAUGUGUUUGUUAGUUUGGAAUGGGAAAGAGUAAUAAAAGUGUCCAUAUUUUGGGCCCAGUUUGUUUAUCUGGACUUGUGUGUAAUGGGAACAGGACUUAAACCUCCCAAAAUUUGAAUCAUCAGGUUUUUAAACUUUAACUUAAUGUGAAUAUUACUUUGGCAACUGUGCCUAUAAUUAGAAUGUUGUAUUAACAAAUUGUAAGGUUCUUGUUCAAAACUUUUUUUUUUUUUUCAAAAUGUCCAAAUUAAAGCUGUACAGAGUAAAAUAAAUGAACAUAUGGACCAGCCUGGUGCACUUGUUAAGGAAACAUUUGUAAGAAAUUUUCUUUGCUUCUGUUAAGUAGUUAACAAUGAUGAUAGACUUUGAACCUGACUUUAUUUUCUAAUAAAGACUGUAGAUUCAUUAGCAGCAGAAUACAGGGUAUAGCCUUCGCAGAGUAAACAUUGUAUCAGCGACAGACUGUUCCCAUUUUGUAUUGAGAGUUAUAUGUAAAGUUCAUCUUUAGUGGACGGUCAUUAUUCGUUAUUCUUGUAUGUAUCCAUCUUAGCAUUCAAGCUCGGCGUCUUGCACCACAUUACACCCAUACCUUUACUUGCAAUCGACUUCUGAUAGUUUGUGAGUCAAGUGAUAACUCAACAAAUGCAGUAGCUAGAUGCAUCACACUCCAUAUUGUUGGUCUUGUUGAAAAAAAAAAAGAAUGAACUCCAUGCAUACUUGUAUCUGUAGUCACUUAAGAAUCAUGUGGUUAUUGUACACAUUUAUUUUACACCUUCAACUUUCAUACUUAUAUUUCUUACUUUACAUAUUGUCUUUUUUUAUGUUUCUUAACUAUGUGUAUAAAUAAAAAUCUAUCUACAUCUAUAAAUAUAUAUAUAUAUAAUUAUAUAAGUAUACAUUUUUACAAAAACAUUUAAAAUUAUUGUGAUAUAUAUAAAUUUAUAUAUAUAUAUACAUUUUGGACUACAACUUGUUCAUUUGUGUGCUCUAAGAUUUUGUUGGACUAUGACAAAUAUCUCUUUUUAUAGUGUUUGCAAUAAACAUUCUGUAAUUUUAUAACAUGACUCGUAACCUUUAAUACUGCAUCUUAAAGAUACUUUUUGGUUUUAUGAAUUUUUACUUUGAAGAUAUUGAUGUACAGUCAUUGAAAAGCUAAACCAAAAACAAAAGAGAAGACGCAGAAAGUACUGGCUUUUUAUCUCUUCUAGUGUUUUCUAUCACUAGUGAAACAAAUGGUUUGUUAGUUGUUUAGAAUUUGUGAAAAUAUAUUUUUUGGAAAUAAAGUUUGUGAACCAUUUAAAUGAAUUUAAGUUGCAUGACUUUGCAUGCCAAGUAGUUCAGUCACUGAAAGUUAAGGUCUGAUGUUGAAUAGUGGACUGGAAGACUUUCUGUUUAAUUGUAUUUACAGUUUGUUAGGGGUCAUAACUGAAGUCAAAGCUUUGCCUUUUUGGUUGAGUUAAAAAUGGAAGUUUUGACAAAUGUAGGACUCUUCCCCCAAGGUACUGGCAAUAUCAGUUCAAUGUAAACAUAUUUUCUAUAUUCAGUUGUUUCUUACCCCAAAACAAGUUAAUUCAGGUAGUGGCAGGUAGUGUGAAGGCUGACAGUAAAGCUCAGAGUUUUGCAUGUAUUCAGAUGUUUCUUAUUUUUACCUCAAAACAAGAUAAUUCAGGUAGUGUCAGGUAAUGUUAAGGCUGGCAGUAAAGUUCAGACUUUUGCAUGUAUUCAGAUGUUUGCCUCCAAUAUUAAACAUUUCUUACUACAUGUCAUUAGGUAUCAACCAUGGUCUGGGGGGAGGGGGAAAGGUGUCUGUUUCUUUUGAUAAAUUUUCCUUUUUGACCAAGCUCAAGAGUAUACAGUCAGCUGAUGGAAUUAAACUUAGAGGCCUUCUAGUCUAGUAAAAUUAAAGUUAAGAAUAAGUUUUGUACAAUUUGUCAUGAAAAUAGCUGCCUAGUUAUAUAGUACGCACUAUGGAUCGUCUUCUCCAUGGCUCUGGAUUUGAACCUUGCCCAUCGAUAUCCCCGCAGUCCUGCGGGAUGUUUGCGGUAGGAAGCAAUUUAACUAACACCCCCCCCCCCCCAAAAAAAAAAAGAAUAUUCCCCAAAACUGUGUCAUUUUGUUACAUCUGACAAGAAUUAAUAGGUUUGGCUUUAUUAGGUGAUAUGUACUUAUUGAAUUAGUAUGUUUAUGAACUUAGCAGUGUGAUUUCUUUGUUGAUUUUCAGUCUUUAUUUCUAUGCAUUUUUGAAUGAGCUAAAAAACUUCUUUAUUCGUUAUCAUUUCUUGAAUUGUAUACAAGAAAGAUGUAUAUUUGCUAUUUACCCUCUUAGUGAUUCUAUACAAGAUAGAUGUAUUAUCAUGUUAUUUAGUCAUUGAAGCAUUACUAUCAACUGAAUCAUGUUAGUCAACUUGUCCUAGUUUAUUGUCACUGACCUAAGUAAAAUAAUAACUAUCAA